GUCCGAGGCAGGGCCCGAGGAUGCGGAUGAGAGCCAGCUCUCGGGGUGCCGAUCUGCGGAAGCGUUGAAGUACAGGAGGCUACCCAUGGCAAGCCCGACUGCGCGACGGCAGCGGCGGCUGGGGGGCUUCCUUGGGACAGUGCCGACGGGGCCACCAGCCUCAAUGACGGGGCCAGCGGCAACAUGAGGAGCGGCCCUAAGAGGGAUGGCAACAGUGGCGGCGAUGGAAGGCCCUCUGGGUGCCUACUACAGCCCCCGGCCUUGGGAGGCAGCCCAGCAGCAAGAACAACAGCAACAACUCACGGUGUUGACGCCACGGGUGGUGUCGGUAGUGGUGGUGGUGGCUGCACCAGGCUUCCCGGGCAGAUUUCGUUGCUGGCGUUGGCGGCAGGAGGUCGCGCGGCGGCCUCUGUGUCCCGCAGCGAGCAGCUGCAGCAGCACCAGGGGGCUGCGGCAGCUGCUCCCCCGCCGGUGGCAGUGGCCUCGGUGGCGUUUGUGGAGUGCCUGAGGGAGCCGCUGGGAUCAGGUGCGCCCUACGAGACUGCGGGUGGCAGCUGGCUGCUUCACCUUGCGGACGCGGACAGUGGCAGCAGCAGUAGCGGCAGUGGCAGCGGGGGAAGAAUGCCGGGAGCAGGAGCAGGGGGGCAGAUACGUGGCGGUGGUGCCGGUGAUGGUAGUGGUGCUGGGGGCGCAGGAGGAGGAGGCACAGCGGUGCCCAUGUACCUGCACAGCGAGUUGAGGCUGCUCGUGAUGGGGAGGCUGCCGUUGCUGGCAGCUGGACGGCGGGUUCGCAUCGCAGCAGUGCCCCCUCGCACCGGCCCUGCAGCCGCCAGCCCCAUGGCUUCCCGGCUGCUGCCCACUCGGCACCUGGUCCCGGAGCUGCCCCCCUCCUGGCUGGCUGGGGGCUGCUGGCCGCAUGUGGACGCGCUGAGACACGGAGGCAGUGAGCCCUGGAGCCUGCAGGCGGCCAAUGAGGACGCUGCCGCCUCGCUGGCUCCCGGGUGCUGCAAGGUGGCCGAGGGCUGGGUGCUGGCGCGGGUGGCGGCGGUGGAGCCGCACCCGCCCGCAGAGGGGGGCGCGUACGACCGACACAGGCAGAGAACCGUACAUCUAGUCAACCCCGCGCUGCCAUCAACAACGUUGCCAUCAACCGCCAGCAGUUGUACGACAACCUUCACGCUAUACGGCGAUGCCGUAGCAAUGGGAGAUCUGAUCCUGCCGGGAGAAACGAUUGCCGUAUAUCAGCCCCUGGUCAUGGUCCAGGCCUCAUCCGCCAGGGCUGUUGUUAACAACCUGGAGGACGAACGACAACAAGAUGCGCGUACGGCGGCGCCUGUCGUAUUGUACGAAUAUACACCGGAGACCCUUGUGGUUGUGCUGCCGACGACGGAACGGACAACGGAGGCAAGUGCAACCGGGCUUGCGGUUAUGGGGCAACAACAACAACAGCAGCAGCUGCAGCAGCAGCAGGCCUCAGUAUACAAUCACCCGUCGGAACAAGAGCCCCUUCACGCCGUGUCGGGUUUAGGUUGCUUCUCAUCCUCCUCUCCACAACCUGCUACUGCCGCUGCCGCUGCUGCCGUUACGAGUCCUGCAACACGUACUGCUAGUGGUACGGCAGUAGCGCUUGCAGGACGCGUAAGCCCAACAGCUACUCCUGUCGUACACUUGGCAUCCACUACCGCUGCUACCACUGCUGACGUCGCCGCCGCUGCUACAGCCGCCCUGGCAGUCCCUCCCGGCUGCCGUACAGCGGUUGUAGCGCGUGUAGAGGCGCUGCUGGGGUUCAAUCACGGCGCAUCUAUAAACAAAGGGGGUCGUGUACGAGCGCUGCUGAGCGACGGUACGGGUCGUGCUGCUGUGGAGAUGCACCUGGAGAAGGGGAGCAAGGCCCCUAGCCACCUUCGGGAGGGUCACAUUAUCGUGCUCCUAGGUGCCGUACCGCUACCAACCGUCAGCUCAACCGCCAUGACUCUGGCCUCCCUAGCGGCAGCCACCCAACCACGGCAACAAUCACAGCAGCAGCAGCAACAGCAGCGUCCACAACAACACCCGCAGCAGAUGCAGCAGCAGCUACACCGGCAAGGUUCGUUUGGCGACGACGGCGGCAGCAACAUUGGAGGACAUAGAGGAUCAGCAGGCGUGCAGCCGCUGUCAUCCUCAGCAAAACUGCCUGUCGUAUUGCCCGCGUUCGUGUGGGUCGAGGCGGCAGACGGUAGCGAGGUGCACAGCCUAACAGCCAUGCCUGCCCAAGUCACCACGCCCUCCCUGGUGUCGUACACCUCAUUAGCUGCCGUACAGCUCGCGACUUCUUCGCUGCAGCUCCGAAGCCCUGGUGUUGUCCUUCCAUCGUACCAUUCGUACGGCAACCUGCCGACGCAGUACCACCCACCUGGCAACUAUUACCAGCACCAGCAUCACUACCAGCAGCAGCGGGGCGCUUGCCACCAGCAACAACAGGGCUUCAGCAUCGCUGGCGCCAGCAGCAGGCCUAGCAGCCCCAGUAGUAGCGGCGGGGGGAGCAGGAAUGGGAGUACGUGCGGAGGCAGCUGGCCCGCGGGGCAGUUUGAUGCCCUUGCGGCCGCGACCCGGCAAGUGCCGGAUACGAGAUCCGCAUGGGGCCGCGAUGUGCCGUACGUGCGUCAACCGUACAUUGGAACAACGACGGCGGUAGCUGCCUUCUCUGCUGCUGACACUGCCACUGCAACCAGUCCUGUGUUUAUGACAACUGGCGGGGGCCGCGCCAUCCGGCAUGUCACAAGUCCGUCUGCAUUGACAACAACAGGGCCCAGGCCAGGGCCAGCUGGUUUCGGUGCCACUGCCACUGCUACUCCCUGUACGGCUGCUGCUGCCGGUACGGCACGUGGUUCUUCACCACCAGCCUCUCCUUUAGCGUCAUCUCCCGGUGCGGCAGGGGCAGCUGCAGCUCCGAAACCGGAUGGGCUGUGUGGGGCGGUCGCGUGCGUGGUGGUGGUUCGAGCAGCGGAUGUGGCGACGCAUCGAGUACACAGGAACUGCGGGCGGCCGGUAGUUCGCUCCUCGGCCAUGAUGGACAUCGACUUUGCCGAUUUUGACGACGAUGAUGAUGACUGCGAUGGUGGUGGUGGGGCUGGCGGAGGGGCUGCUGGUGUAACCCCGGCAGCGGUGUCCGUGCCCCCUGGCCCUGCUGCUGCUGCUGCUGCUCCCUCCGCCGCCCAGGAUACCCCCAGCAAGGACCAAUCCAUGGACGGCUUGUGGGAGUGCGAGUUCUGUAAGGUGGAUGCGGUGAAGGAGGAGCUCGAGUGGCAGUACCACGGGUCGCUCACGCUGGAGGAUGUAGUGCAGCCGUACAACCCGCCUAGUACGACAACCACCACAAUGUCGUCGAUUGCAAAUCGAAGUUCAGGAGGGGGAGCAUCAGGAGCGGGGUCGCAGUUAUCCGUAGGGACGGUACCUGCGGCAGCAACAGCAGCCGCUGCAGCAGCGCAUGCAGCAGUAGCAGCCGCUACUGCGGCCGGCAAUGCCCCUGGGUUCGCUGCAACAUCGUCCGCAGCUAUAGCUGCUGCUACGUUGACGCUGCCCGCCGAUCCCGCUGCGUUGCAGGGCCUGCUGGGCGUCAGUGCGGCUGCAUUCCACUCCUUGGCUACUGCCCGGCGGCGCAAGGUGGUCGAGGUGAGAGGCGCGACCCACGGGUCAGCGAAUUAAGAGCCACAGCCUGCGUGCGACAUGCUUUUUCUCCUUUGUCCUGCGUGCUUACAGUACUGCCAUGCUGUUAAUACAUCCCUCCUUUACCGCCCCCUUUUUCUCUUUCUGUGUACCUCUUGCAGUCGCACACAGAGAAGUCUGCUAACUCAUCUCCCUGCCCUCCCUUGUCCAUAUUCAAUGCCCACUCCUUAAACCUCGAAGCCACCAUAUCAUGGACGGCACCCUUUCCUCUGCCUGAUACGCGAUGCAGUUCCCAACCCCGUCCCUUUCAUCCUUGGGAGCCGCUCUCUCCCCUUCCUGCAUAGCCCAUGACUUAACGGCCCUUCUCCGUUAUUCUGCAUUACUUUCUUCCAAGCCAAUUCCCACUCUGCCUACCUAACUCACUGUCCCCACGCGCAGAGCCGGCUACUGGACCGGAGAGGCGCUCCCAAGCGCUGUGUGGUGUCCAUCUACCCCAAGCCACCGCCCCUGGGAGGCGCAGAUUCAGCGGAUGGAGUGUCAACGGCGCUCAACUUCGGCGGGGGAGUGGGCGAAGGCGGUAGUGCUGGAUGCUCAUGCCCUGACCCGGCGCGGUUUUGGGCGGUUGCGCAGUUGCAUGAAGUCGAGUGAGGGAGAGGCAGGAGCCAAGAAGGAAUGGGGUGGGGCAGGGCAGUAGUUGCAUGCAAUGGCGCAGGGCUAUGGCGGGAGUCGUGGCAGCGGCGCUUGAGGAGGAGGAUGUCUGGAGAAAAGCCUCCUCCAUCGGAACUGGCCCGUUGCGGGGCCUCUCCGGUGGCAACGGCCCUUUUCGUGGCGCUGAUGUGGGUAGCUAGUGGCAGUGGUGGAGGCAGAGGCUUGUAUUGGCAACCUCUGGUGCGUUAAGAGUCACAAAUUCCAGCUAGUUACGUCGUUCCACGCAGACCGAUGCAACCUUGACACCGCCACACGCCAUCCUGCGACCUCGCCGCCAACAGCCUUAUACGCUAAACUCCAUGACACUCCUGAAGAAACUUGCACACGCCACGUACGGCACACCGUGAUGCAAUGCACGGUAAGCACGCAUGGUAUCUGUGAUGAG